CCGUUAUUCCCCAUUGGAAUAAUUUUUUGUGCCAGCCAACAGCGUGUACAUUCACAAAUAGAUUUAGCUACGCGUAACGAAAAGACUUGACGUCGGAAAAUGCCGCUCUCGCGGGCAAUAGUCUGUCGAGGACGGCACGAUCAGAAUGGCUGGAAGAUCGAGGAGGUUCAACUGCGAGAGCUCAAAGAUGACGAGCUGCUUGUCCGCAUAGUCGCUUCCGGUAUUUGCCACACAGAUCUCAUGUUCGGAGACCGGCCAGAUGACAUUGGUGGCUGGCCCAGAGUGAUGGGACACGAAGGCUCCGGAUAUGUCCAGAAAACGGGUGCCAAGGUCACCGUCGCUCGAGUUGGCGACCCGGUCCUACUGUCCUUCGCCGCCUGUCGUUCAUGUAAGAUGUGUGUGGACGGGCAUGCUUCGCAUUGCGCAGACGCAACCCGGAUCAACUUCUGCGGAAGCAAAGUGUUCUCCUCCGCGUCGUCUAUCUCGUCUCAGCCAGAUAUUCUAGGCCUGUUUUUCGGACAGUCCAGCUUUUCCAAUCUCUCCAUCGUAAACGAGAGCUCGGUCGUGAAUGUCGCCAGUCUAGUCAAGUCAGAAGAUGAGCUCCGCUUAUUUUCGCCUCUAGGCUGUGGUAUCCAAACAGGCAGCGGCACCAUCGUGAACGUCGCCAAUGCGACGCCAUCCGAUACAGUAGCAAUCAUGGGAGCUGGUGGGGUCGGGCUUGCGGCCGUGAUGGGAGCCAAGAUAGCUAGAUGUAGCACCAUCAUCAUUAUCGAUCGAGUUCAGCAGCGUCUGGAGCUCGCAAAGGAACUAGGAGCCACACAUGCGAUCCAUACAGGCAGUAUGAAGGACCUCGAUGAGCUUGUGAAGCAAGUACGUGAACUCACUGGCGGUUACGGCACAACCAUUACCAUGGACGCAACAGGGGUGGUACCUCUAAUCUGCAAAGGCAUCGAAUUCACAGCAAGAAGAGGCCAAUACAUCCAAGUUGGUUCCACGGGGCCAGACGCAGUAAUCAAACUACCCAUACAGGAGUUUAUGACUUCUGGAAAGCGGAUAAUGGGGGCUGUGGAAGGACAGGUCACUCCUCAAGAAUACGUACCGAAGAUGAUAAGUUGGUAUCGAGCAGGUGAAUUUCCAUUCAACAAGCUUGUGACGCUAUAUCGCGCGGAGGAUUUUAUGGAUGCACUAGGCAGUAUGAAAUCUGGUGAAGUGAUUAAGCCAAUCAUCGCCUGGUAGGAAGACAUGCAGCGCACCCUCGCCCACCAGUGACCCCGACAAGAUGUACAUGCAGUUUUAUCGAGACUUGAAGGCUAGAUGUGACUGAAGUAAAAUUUUGCG